AUGGUUCUCAACCGGUGCACAUUUGUUAUAACCAUUGCCCUACACGUAGUGAUAAUUAUUUUGGCUAUUUUCCAGCUGUUACUGUACGAAAAGUUUUGCUCGCGGAUGCUAGAACACGAAGAUGGACUGCUGAUUAGUGGUGGUUCAAUUCCUACGAAAGAACUAUGGGUGCUUUGCCUACGCCUACUGCAGUUGGUCGAUGUCCAGUCCAUAGUACUGCACGCCUCGUCCAUUAUCGUUUCGUGCCGUUUGUACAAUGAUCCUUACAGUCGACACCUGAACGUAAUCUCCCAUUCUUGGUCCAAUUUUACGAUGAGCUCUCUGCUGAUGAACCUUUGCGCCAUGGUAUUUUUCUUGAAGUUUGCUAAAAUCACAUUCAACGCCGUGCAGAAUACACUGUACGGUGGGCUAGAAAUGUAUCAGUUUGAUGCAAUCUGGAAUGAAUUUUGGAACCACCUGCAAAGCCGCAACCGGUGUUGCGGUGUGGCAAACCCGAGCGAUUGGCAAGGGAUGUUGUGGCGUACGGCGGAUCAGGAAGCACAAUUCGAAAGGUUACUACUUCCAGACGGUGCUCCAAGUACGGUUGUACUCGCCCCAAUUAGCUGCUGCCGGAACCAUCAUCAGUGCAAGGGUGAGCGCAUCAAUCUCGGCAUUGGUGAGCUACUACGAUCGGAUGCCCUAGAUGCCCUGAGCCACAUCAAUCACGCCGGAUGCUUCGAUGUGAUGAGAAGUAAUUUGGCAAGCACUGUGCAGAUGAUCAGUUGGCUGGAUGUGAUACUCUGCUCACUGCAGCUUGGUGCAGUGUUUUGUACGAGACUUUUAUUUAUGGCUAAUCGAAACUUCCAACCUACAACGAAUAUUUGA